UUAUGGCUCUGCAGUUCAUUCUCCGAGCUAGUUGAAUAAAGUUGUGAGGAGACGGCGCGUGCUGCUACUUUUUUUGCCGCUUUGCAACAACUCCUCACUGGAUAUAGCUCGUGCUUGUCUCCCCCAACGAAUCAUUUGGGAAUAUCUCCGAGGUCGCAGCCCUGUAAUUAGCUCUUCUGCCUGCCUCAAAUCAUUACAUAUAAUCUCUUGUGACAGUCCGCCAUGGACGAGGACAACAACGUCUUGCCUGAGUUGAAGGACAUUGAGACAAAGUUGGGUCGGAAAGUCCCAGAUAGUCUCAUCCGUUCUCUUGUCGGAGGAAAACAUCACGACAGGCACGAGAAGGCGGCGGCAGCGCCGCAUUUAGUGAAUGGCAAACUUCGUGCCAAUUCUGCGGACUUGAAAAGACUGGAGAGCAAAAUGCUAUUCCUGAAACAAGAAAUGGCACACCUGCGAGCCAUUGAUGUGAAGCUGAUGCAGCAGCUCAUGUCAAUCAACGAGGGCAUAGAGUCCAUCCGCUGGAUGAUAGAAGACAAAGGAGGCGUGGCCAGCCAGGAGGGCAGCCUGACGGGCAGCUUGUACAGCCUGUCAGACAGCCAGGACGGUACUUCCCUGCGAGGCAGCCUCAACAGCUUGAAUGAUGGCAACAGCGACGGGCUAGAUGGUUUGUCCGUCGGUAGUUACCUGGACACGCUCGCAGAGGAUCUCCCGGACAACCCUUCACCUACGGACCUUGACUGUUUUGUGGAUAAAACAGUGAUUGACGGCGACGCUUUCAGCAAAACGCCACUGAAACUCAGGGUGGAAUCAGAUGAAUACUACUGCUUUGGAUAAUGAUGAUAAGCUGAAGACAGUGGUUACAGAGACUACUGAGAUAUUUUGUGAAGAAAGAUUUUUUUUUUAAAAGUGCUCUUCACUUUGACAAAUUAACACACAGCUGUCAGAUUAUUUUUUUCUCACAUGCUCCACAUUUUUUGUUAUUUUAAAACGACAGCCAGGUGGCUGACAUGACAUACAAAAUGACUCAUGUGACUUUUUAUCUAGAAACCAGUUUCCUUAUGUUGCGGAUUGAACACACCUCAAAAAACCAUUGCCACGUAAUGUCACACCAAAUGCAAGUGAAAACAUGUUAACAAUUCUUAAUGUCUUAAUGUUAUCAUGCAGGUUAUUUAAACAGGUGCUCUAUUGUCCAUACAGAUUGUAUUUAUUGUUGAGUUAUUGGUUACUGGAAUAUUCUCAUUCUGAUCCAAUACCUCAGCAUUUUUGUUUGCAGUUUAAGUUCUUCUUAGCUCAAAUUUAGUGGAGAAGGGGUAAAGAAAAGUAGCAACUAAAGGUGAACUGGAAGUUUUUUUUUCAGCUUGGACUUUGGGUGAGGGUCAAAUUAACCACAGUCAUCUGAUCUAAGUAAAGGAGUAGAUUAGGAUUUAGCAGCCAUUUGGAAAAUUGGACAUUUCAUGCUGAGUGAUUCAAGAGGUUAAACUGUUUAAAGUGGCAAAGUGGCUCAUUUAAGUGUUACAGCAAGUGCAAUUUGCUUCAAUGCCAAACUCUGAGCACCACCUUCCAUAAAUGUUUGUUUUUAAUUAUUUUUUCCUGAAAUGUUUUGACUGAAGUUCCAAAGCUAAACCCGACUCAGCAAUAGUAGAAUUUACAAUACACGCAAGAGAUUAGGUACACGUUUAAAGCACAGAUGCUUGACUGAAAACCAAAGCAAUUUGAUUGUCUUAUAGAUAAUUUAGGCCUGAGGCUAAAAAUCCGUUAACGCCAGAUGGGAGAUUUGUUGAUGGUGGACAUAUGUGAAACACAUGUUUUUACUUUGUGGGCACAUUUUAAUUCUGUUGUCAAAACGGUUUAAUUAGAGCUACAUGUUGCUGUGUGUUGUUUUAGCUUUAAACUCCACAUUGGUUUGUAUGACGUUUGUAUUUUAUGCUGCCUGCUUUUGAACAAAAAAAACAACUGUUUUUAUUGAUUGCUAAUAAUUUUGUUGUGGAAAUGAAAUAAUAUAUUGUGAUUUGCA